CAGAAGUUCUUCGAAAACGAACAGGCCUCCAGUUAUGUUGUUUACAUUUUGUUCUCGCUUUUUCUAUCUAAAGUCUAAAUAUUAUAUUUUGUUUUAUGAACAAGAGUUAUAAAGAAAGUGCAAGAAGUAUAUAAAACAACAAAACUAUACCAGACGGCCGCUGAUGAAGAGCGUCAGUUCCUAACCUAUCAUAACCUAUAAAAACUUGCAAAAGAGGAGUCAAAUAUGUCACGUCGCGACACUAGUAAUGACAGCAUGAAUAAUUUGCUAAAUGAGAAAAACAUUGAUCUGGAAAACUAUAGGAAAUUGGUUAAAUCGUACAUCGACUUGCAUCUGUAUAGUGCUGCUUUAUUUUGGGCUGAUAAAGUGUUGUCACUAAGUAACGAAGAUCCAAAGGAUGUAUGCACUUUAGCACAUUGCAUGUAUCUCAUGAAACAGUAUCAUCGUGCUGCGCACCUUAUAAGGAGACAUGGUUUAGAGAAGACUGAUGUAAUGUGUUAUUAUUUAACUGUGAGGAGUUUACUAGAAGCUAAAGAAUAUAACGAAGCGCUUCAAGUUAUUAGUGAAUCUGAAAUAUGUACAAACAUGACACAAUCAGGCAUUACUUUUACUGAUCGCACGGAUAUUCUUCAGGAUGCUCCAAAAAAUGUCCAAAGUGCAAUACUAUAUGUGAAGGGAAGAGUAUACGAAGCUAUGGAUAACAGAGCAGUAGCAACAGAAUUUUAUAAGCAAGCUUUGCAGUGUGAUGUCUACUCGUAUCAAGCAUUUGAAGCUUUGGUGCAAAAUCAGAUGCUCUCAGCUGCUGAAGAGAGGGAACUCCUGGAGUCCUUACCUUUUGCUGAACAAUGUACUGAGGGUGAAACAGAACUUUUACGACUACUUUAUGAGAGUAAACUGAAGAAAUAUCAAGAACCAAACAAGAAGCAAUCAUUAGUUACAUGUAGUGUAAUGGGAAUUUGUAUCUCUGAUAGAUUAGCAGAUAAUUUAGAUAUGGAAGUUACAAAGGCUGAAAGAUUAUAUUACAAUUGCGAAUAUCAUCAAUGUUUUGCACUUACAGAAAAAAUCUUGAGAAAAGAUCCAUACCAUAAUUCCUGCCUUCCAGUACAUAUUGCCUGUUUAGUUGAAUUGAAAAAGACUAAUGCUUUAUUUUAUCUGGCACAUAAAUUAGUUGACUUAUAUCCAGAAAUGGCAUUGGCAUGGUUCGCAGUUGGAUGCUAUUAUUAUAGUAUAGAUAAGAGUGACCAGGCCAGAAGAUAUCUGGCGAAGGCUACAGCUUUGGACAGGCUGUUUGGUCCUGCUUGGCUGGCAUAUGGACAUUCGUUCGCAGUAGAAAAUGAGCACGAUCAAGCAAUGGCCGCUUAUUUCAAGGCAUCCCAAUUAAUGAAGGGUUGCCAUCUGCCACUUUUAUACAUCGGAUUAGAAUGCGGCUUAACAAACAAUAUAAAACUGGCUGACAAGUUCUUUCAGCAAGCUCAAGGAAUAGCACCCAACGACCCGUUUGUGAUACAUGAGAUGGGUGUCAUAUGUUUUUACAAUUUAGAUUACAAAAACGCGGAACGAUUAUUUAAAGAAGCAAUGAAGAGAAUCCAAGGCGAUCCCAAAGAUGUGCUUCUACCCAGUAAGUGGGAAGCUCUACUGAAUAAUUUAGGUCACACAUGUAGAAAGAUGAAGAAGUACGAAGAGGCAUUAGGAUAUCAUCAGCAAGCAUUAGUUCUGGAUACCCUAAACCCAUCUACUUAUUCGGCGAUUGGAUUUAUUCAUGCACUAAUGGGCAAUACUCAAGAAGCAGUGGAUGCUUUUCACAGAGCACUAGGUCUUAGAAGAGACGACACGUUCACCACAACUAUGUUGGGCUACGUGAUGGAACAAAUUAUCGAGGAAACACUACCAUAUCCAGAUGCACCUACCGAAAUACCAAAGUACAAGUCUGCGAAUAGCGAAGUUAGCCUGUCUGUGGAGAACUCUAGUAACGUAGGCACUUCUGACGACCCGAAUAUCGAUAAAUUAAGAGUAAAUCUAUUCUCUGGAUGGAGAGAGAAUUCCAGCAAAGGAGAAAAUAAUACGUCCGACAAGCUGGAACGUUCGCAACACGUUUCCCUCGUUAAUUAUUCGACCAGUGACACUUCCGAAGUCGAAAUGUUAGAUUCAUCCACCGCACAUAUAGAGUAUAACUAAAUGUAAAUAGUGUACAUACUUUUUAUACAUAUUCUAAUUUUGAUAUAUCUCAAAAUAUGACGAAUUACAAGAUUGUUUAUAUUAUAGGCAAUUCACCAGCUUAUAACGAAUCUGUAGCUUGAGAAAUUAAAAUAAUGUAGAUAUGAUUUCUAUUAAUUAAUUCUACAAUGUACAAAUUAAUUGGAUUAUCAAUGUGAAGAGUAAUUAGUGAA